GAUGGUGAAUUUUCCGCUUGCUGACUGAAGCAUUGGUGCUGCUCUCAUCCCCACCCCGGUUCGGCGUCGCGCACGCCACACCGGAUCCAUAGCCAGUAGCCAGUGCGAUGAUAACCCAUCACCCAUCCCUGCUCCGCCUCCGCGCACCCCUCCCCGCCGGCCUCCGCCACGGGACUUCACACGCCUUGCUUUUCACCGCCGCCGCCUACUCUCCUCCGCCGCCGCCCCUCCGCCUGCUACCUCUGCGCGUCGCCGCUGGAGGAGCCUCACCGGUAGGUCCUGAUGGCGGCAAUCGCGCGACGCCUCCCCCGCUGGGAGCCGCGGCGCUGGACUUCGCGCGGAGCAACUUCCUCCCGCUAGCUCUAAUUGGUGGGAUGACUUUGGGACUCCUGGAUCCAACUCUUGGUUGCCUUGCUCACAAAUAUUCCCUGUCAAAAUAUAGCACUUUUGGGAUAUUCGUUAUAUCAGGGCUGACUCUGCGCACUAAGGAGCUUGGCGCAGCGUUACAAGCUUGGCCUGCUGGACUCUUUGGACUAGGCUCAAUUCUGUUGUUCACACCUUUUCUUGCACAAUUUCUUGUGCAAAUUCAGUUCUUCCCUCGUGAAUUUAUCACUGGGUUGGCUAUGUUUUGUUGCAUGCCGACAACAUUAUCAAGUGGAGUCACACUAACACAGCUUGCUGGCGGCAACUCCGCACUUGCUCUUGCAAUGACAGUCAUAUCCAAUCUACUGGGCAUUAUGUUUGUACCUUUGUCUCUUGCAAAAUACAUUGGCACUGGAGCAGGAGUGUCUUUGCCUACUAAGGAAUUAUUCAGAAGUCUGGUUAACACUCUUUUAAUCCCCCUUAUUUUAGGCAAGGUUGCCCGAGAAACCUCAAAAGGUAUUGCUGAAUUUGUUGAUGGAAAUCGCCAGGGCUUUUCAGUUUUAAGUGCUGUUCUUCUCAGCCUAGUCCCAUGGAUACAAGUAAGUAGAUCAAGAUCUCUGCUAUUGUCCGUUAAACCAAAAGCUUUCGCUAUUAUUGUGACUAUUGGAGUGCUUCUACAUCUUGCUCUGCUGGCAUUCAAUGCUACAACACUGCAGGUCUUGUCAUGUCUUAAACAGAAGGAAGAGUCAGUCUUUGCGAGAAAAGAGUAUGCACGAGCUGUCAUUUUGGUGGCCAGUCAGAAAACAUUGCCAGUGCUGGUUGCUGUGGUUGAGCAGCUUGGAGGUGCUCUUGGGGAGUCCGGACUUCUGGUCAUCCCAUGUGUUGCUGCGCACAUUAAUCAGAUCAUUAUCGAUUCUAUCCUAGUAAAUUGGUGGCGCAAAAGAGAUCAACGAUCUACUAAUGCAAAAUAGCUUCAGAAUUUGAAUUUGAUCUAAGUGCAAAGAUCUACCCGAGCGAGGCUUGACAAAUCCAUGGUGAAAUAGGUUAAUUGGACUUGGUAGACCGCUUGGUGCACGACAAGGCCAGGGUCCUUAUGAUCCUAGAACCAUUUAGUUCGAAGUCUACAUCAAUGUGGAGUAGGAUAACGCCAACCAUCCAAACCAUGAACAUCGUCGCGCCCCUUAUGUUAGCAAUUUCUAAACUCAAACUCUUGGAUUUUUUUUCCUGCUACUGUAAUGUGUUGGCUUGCUUGUGUAGUUUCAAGGUUCUAUGAGACAAUUGCCUAAAACUUCCAACUUAUAAAACUGGGUGUAGAACUUUUCACCCCC